GAGGGCGCGUCAGUCGGCGCUCGGCGUCUGGAGGUGCCUCGCGCUUCGCGCCGCGCCCCAAACAGCCGAAGCGUGGCUCGGGGCGUGGCGCUUACGUAAACACGCGUGGCUCACAGAUCGCAUUACAGGCGGCGCGGUGCCGCGCCACUGUCCGUCCUAGAACGACCCCAUGCUGGCCCGCGCCGCCUACUGAUUAUAUGUUGAUAACUACACGUGCUCUGUCGUGCCACCGCUGCCACUGCCGCCACCGCCGUGUAACGCGCUUAUAGCAUCAAGAGUAGAGAUGCAGACGCGCACAGCAUUGAUGGCGCUCGCAGCGCUCGGUGCGCUAGCGGCGGCGGCGGUGGCGGCGGCAGAGCGCGGAAGUGGCAUAAAAGUUGGCAGCGGUAGCGCAGUAGGAGUUGGCAGCCGCGAUGGUGGCCGCGGUGGCGGCGUGCGCAUUGGUGAUGGCCUGAGGCGUCCACGCACAUCACCAGCACCACUUCCGCCUCGUGCGCCCUCUUCAAUAACUGCAGCGCUUGUUGUGCCACACAAAGCCUUUGGAACGCGUGAUUACACGAAGGCCGAGAAGGCAGCCCUUUCGAAACUGCCACGUAAACUAAAACUACACGUGCGUCUGAAUAUUACGCUUUCUACGCAGGGCUUGACGCCUAGUCCUAUGUCUAUCCUGGACUCGCUAUGUAAAGAAUUUUUAGCAGUCAACGUGUCUGCUAUUCUUUAUCUUAUGAAUCAUGAACAAUAUGGACGCUCUACUGCCUCUGCACAGUAUUUUCUACAACUAGCGGGGUAUCUUGGCAUACCGGUAAUUGCUUGGAAUGCAGAUAACAGCGGCCUUGAAAAGAGGGCUUCGCAUGCGUCCUUAAGACUUCAGUUAGCCCCGUCCAUAGAACAUCAAACGGCUGCCAUGCUGUCGAUAUUAGAAAGAUAUAAGUGGCAUCAAUUUAGUGUCGUUACGUCCGCUAUUGCUGGGCAUGACGAUUUCAUCCAAGCUGUACGAGAAAGAGUGACAGCAUUACAAGAUCGAUUUAAAUUCACCAUAUUAAAUGCAAUUGUUGUAAAAAGGGGGUCAGAUUUAAAUGAACUAGUUACUAGUGAAGCACGCGUAAUGUUGCUAUACGCCACCAGAGAAGAAGCGGCAGAUAUUUUAUCUGCUGCUGGUGAUUUACAUUUGACGGGAGAAAAUUUUGUGUGGAUCGUUACGCAAAGUGUUCUGGGUUCUUUACAACAACCAAAUAAAUUCCCUGUGGGUAUGCUUGGCGUGCAUUUUGACACAUCGAGUUCCUCGCUAAUCGCUGAAAUAGCAACCGCUGUAAAAGUGUUCGCUUACGGCGUGGAGUCUUAUAUUUCGGAACCAGAAAACGCUCGAUAUCCAUUGGGUACUCGAUUGUCAUGUAGUGGUGCGGGUGCAGGUGAAGCGCGUUGGUCGACAGGCGAACGGUUCUAUCGACAUUUGAGAAACGUCAGUGUGGAAGGAGAAGUUGGAAGGCCAAGUAUCGAAUUUACUCCGGAUGGUGAAUUGCGGGCAGCCGAACUUAAAAUAAUGAAUCUUAGACCUGCUAUUGGCGAACAACUGGUUUGGGAAGAAAUUGGAACAUGGAAUUCAUAUCCAAAAGAACGCCUUAUUAUAAAAGAUAUUGUUUGGCCUGGUGGAUUGCACACUCCCCCUCAGGGAGUACCGGAAAAAUUUCACAUGCGCAUCACGUUUUUGGAAGAGCCACCUUAUAUAAAUCUAGCUCCACCUGAUCCCGUAAGCGGAAGAUGUUCUUUAGAUCGGGGUGUGAUAUGUCGGGUUGCACCUGAAACAGAAGUGGCUGGAUUAGAAGCUGGUACUGCCCAUGGGAACAGUUCACUGUACCAAUGUUGCAGUGGCUUCUGUAUCGAUCUAUUACAACAAUUAGCUGAACAACUUGGUUUCACAUACGAACUGGUUCGAGUAGAAGACGGACGCUGGGGAACAUUGUACCACGGCAAAUGGAACGGUUUAAUAGCAGAUCUUGUGAACAAAAAGACCGACAUGGUUUUAACAUCGUUAAUAAUAAAUUCAGACCGCGAAGCUGUGGUGGACUUUAGUGUUCCUUUUAUGGAGACUGGCGUAGCGAUAGUCGUGGCUAAAAGAACGGGCAUUAUUUCACCUACUGCUUUCUUAGAACCAUUUGAUACGGCGUCGUGGAUGCUCGUUGGUGCAGUAGCGAUACAAGCAGCAACUUUUUCUAUAUUUUUCUUUGAAUGGUUAUCGCCUAGUGGAUUUGAUUGUUCAACCGGAAAUAAUUCAAAACGAGUGCCUCAAAACCGAUUUUCUCUUUGUCGAACUUACUGGAUAGUUUGGGCAGUUCUCUUUCAGGCGUCCGUGCACGUAGAUUCACCACGAGGGUUUACAGCUCGUUUCAUGACUAAUAUGUGGGCGAUGUUCGCUGUGGUCUUCCUUGCUAUAUACACUGCCAAUUUAGCGGCGUUCAUGAUAACUAGGGAAGAAUUUCAUGAACUUAGUGGAUUAGAUGACCCACGGAUAGCAAGACCUUUUUCUCAACGGCCUCCACUAAAAUUUGGCACGGUACCGUGGUCACAUACGGAUGCUACUUUGGCCAAAUAUUUUCCAGAACCCCACGCUUACAUGGCUCAAUACAAUCGGAGCACCGUAAGCGCAGGCGUCACUAGUGUACUCACUGGAGAACUCGACGCGUUCAUUUAUGAUGGCACGGUACUAGACUACUUAGUGUCUCAAGACGAAGACUGUAGACUUCUAACUGUGGGAUCAUGGUAUGCGAUGUCGGGCUACGGAUUAGCCUUUACUCGCAAUUCGAAAUAUCUCAGUAUGUUCAACAAAAGAUUACUUGAUCUGCGCUCAAACGGAGACCUCGAACGCCUGCGCAGGUACUGGAUGACCGGGACUUGUAAACCGAACAAGCAAGAACACAAGUCGUCGGAUCCACUAGCGUUGGAACAGUUUCUCUCUGCAUUCCUGUUGCUGAUGGGCGGUAUUUUGUUAGCAGCCCUGCUGCUGCUGAUGGAACAUCUCUACUUCAGAUAUUUCCGAAUUCACCUCGCCGCGUCAAGAGCGGGCGCAUGUUGUGCCCUUGUGUCCCUUUCGAUGGGACAGUCGCUUUCCUUCCACGGGGCGGUGGUGGAGGCAGCAGCUAGAGGUAUAGCGGCAGGAGGACGAAGUCACUGUCGUUCUGCUAUAUGCGCCGCGCAGUUGUGGCGCGCGAGACACGAGCGCGAUGCGGCAGUCGCCCGCGCGCGCCAAUUGGCUGCGGCGCUGGCGGCGCACGGGCUGGCUCCGCCGCCGCGCCGCUUGGCGUCGGCCGCAGCGCUACUGGCAGGCGGAGUUGCGCACGACGCCACGCGCCCGCGCACGCUGCGCCCGCCAGCCGAUCUCCUGCCUGAACUCGAUCGACCGCUCUCUUGUGGUGAUUUACGAACUAGAGAGCGGACACGAGUAGAAAUGGAAACAGUGCUGUGAGGCGUAUAUUACGCCAUUCUAUUUCAAUUUCUGAAGGCUGUUCUUACACCAAGUUAUACAAGGCGAAAUUAGUUAUACUUAAUGUUUAAAUAUGGACAGAUAAAAAAGCGUUGUAAUUAUUAAAUAAAUUAUUCCAAUUAUUAAACAAGAGAGCUGGGCGUAGAUAGCGAAGCGUUGUUGCGGGACGCGCGCGCGGCGCGGGCUGGGCUCCGGGCGCGCGCCCCCGUGUUGUCUACUACAAUAAAAUAUAUUUUUUGGACAAUA